GCCCACCUUUUUUUCAUAAACAGUUGAAAAUAAAAAUCACACAUUAUUUCCCAAUUUUCUUUCUCUCAAAAAGAAAAGAGAAUAUAAAAACCCAACAAAAAGAAAGAGAAGAAAAAAGUAGCAAUCUUUCUCUCUCCUCCAUCCUCCCAGAAACAGUAGCAGAUCCGUUUAUUCUCUCUCUUCGGACGAGAAUUGUCCGUGGAUUGAAAAUCAAUUGAUUAUUCAUUACUUCAAAACAUGGAUUCAAAACUUUUGAUUGUCGCUCAACUUCCGAAUUUUCUCUCUCCUAUUCGCCAACUUCCUUGUUUCCAGUUAUGUCGCAGAAUUCCUUGUGCUUCUAGAACCUUCCAUUUAUCUAAUGAUACUACUUUACGUCUUCGCCGAUGCUUCUCCGCCGCCGCCCAUAGCAAUACCUUGAUGAGUACUGCUACUCCGUCUAGAAAUGGAGUAUAUACCGUUGGUGAUUUUAUGACAAAAAAGGAGGAGUUGGUUGUUGCGAAACCUUCAACCACUGUAGAUGAAGCUUUGGAAACUCUCGUGGAAUACAGAAUUACUGGGCUUCCUGUGAUAAACGAUGAUUGGAAACUGGUGGGUGUUGUUUCAGAUUAUGAUCUAUUGGCUUUGGAUUCCAUAUCAGGUACUGGAGGGGCAGAAACAAGCAUGUUCCCUGAGGUUGACAGUACUUGGAAAGUAUUCAAUGAGAUCCAGGGUUUACUCAGUAAAACAAAUGGUAAACUGGUGUCUGAUGUGAUGACGCAACUCCCUGUUGCUGUUCGUGAGACCACUAAUCUUGAGGAUGCUGCAAGAUUACUGCUUGAGACAAGAUAUCGAAGACUCCCUGUUGUAGACGCUGAUGGGAAACUGGUGGGAAUCAUUACAAGAGGAAAUGUCGUAAGAGCUGCUCUGCAAAUCAAACGUGAAAACGAGAAGAAAGGUCAAUGAUUAAGAGAGUCGAAUGCAAUCUGCAAUAUGAUUGCCAGAUUUUCCUGAUAGUUGGUGCUGUAGGUAGGCAUGUAUCUGCCUUUUGUAGUACCUCUUUUUUGUUUGUUUUUCCAUCGUUUUUUAUAUAUAUAAUUUUUUUUUCCUCAACUAGUUAAUCUAUAUAAAUAUGUAGUUAUAGUAUAAAUCUUCGAUUUAAUUGGAGGAGUACGGUCCUGAUUUAUUAAUUUUCUUGUAUAGUCUACUUCGUAAA